AGAAAUAAAAAUAAUGAAAUGAAAAAGAACCUCCUUCCCGCCAUUCAGAAACUUUCCAAAACUCGAAAAGCCAGAAGUGCUGCCACGAUGCCCUCGAUCCGGAGUCACGGCACAAGCAACCUCGACUGUGCUUUAACAUGCUCAGUUUGCUUCGAGUCCUUUGGCGAGGGCGAGAGAAAGCCCUUGAUGCUGCCGAGUUGUGGACACACUUUCUGCAAGCAAUGUGUGCGUGGAAUUAUUGCGAGUGAGAAGAAGGGGCAGUUCCAGUGCCCAACCUGCCGGCGCUGUCAACCCGUUUCGUCCUUAGAUGAUCUACCUGUCAAUUAUUCCCUCCUGGAGGUGGCCAGCCUGUCUCCCUCAACGCCUCCGGAAGAAGGCUCUAGGGAAAAGACCCUGAAGGAGGAGGAGAGGUGCCCCGACCAUGGCUCCCGCUUGGCCUUCUGGUGCUCGAGCUGCGAGAGUGCCACGUGUGGGGAGUGCCUCUUCGAGAGCCACCCGCGCCCCGAUCACGAUGUCCUGAAACUGGAGGAUCACUUCAAGAAGCUAUGGGAAGUGGCGCAGCAGAGGUCGAACCGCCUCGUGCGCCAGAUGUCCCACGUGUCCAAGGAGAACGUGUCGAUGCUGAAGGGCGCCCUCGUCGACUUCGCCGAGCUCCUGCGGCAGAGGCGCGAGAUCGACAGCAUCCACCACGCCCGUAGAUGAAACUCACGCCACGCCCACGGAGGAGAUGACUGCUUCCACGCCCGCAGACGAGACUUCACCCGAGGAUACAUCCGAUACGCCCGAGACCUGCUCUACGCCCAUGGAGGAACAGCCCAUCACGCCCACGACGACCACACCCAUUACACCCGCAGUAGAGGCGCCCACGCCACCCACGAGGACCACCACCACGCCCACACCUCCGCCCGCGAAACCAACGAAACCCCCCCUCUCUCGCAAACCCGCUCUACCCUUCCGGCCGCCCACGAUUACGCCCAGACCGACGAGCUUAUACGGACUCGAAAUCACUCUUCCUGGCUCCUCACCCCCGCCCAUCCUCGCCUCGCCUCUGACCUCAAAAACCACGCCCACCACCUCCACCACGCCCACCGUUGACGCGAGCACGCAGACGCUUCCCGAAGACACGGGUUUGAGGACCCGAGCGAGGACCCGAGACAGCCUACCCGCGUCUGGGACUCUGCUGAGACCCCCCAGGACCCUCUCGUCGACCCCCCCUUGGUCUAGCCUCCUCUGCGGCAUCUACAACUCCAACUGGACCACCGGCAGGAUAUCUAUCGAGCCGAAAGGACUCCAUGUCUACUCGCUGCAUCCUUUGAAAGAGAAGUGUGCUAUCCCUGAUCGAGGCUCUAGCACCCUUAGAAUCACCCUCAAUCUUCUUGGACCUGAGAGAUGGAACGUCUCCCUUGGGUCGCCUUUAUAUCACGUUGCAG